AUGCGGCUCACCAACUUCCGACCGUACCUCUCUAUCUCCGCUCAGCGCCGACUCACUGCUCUAUCAAAUCUCCGUGCUGCUCGUUCUGCCGUGCUCAGAUCCACACUCCAUAGAAGACGCCUUAAUUCGACAUUCGCAGGAGACGCUGCUGUAGGACGGACUGGAUUGGACGAGCGUGAGGCAUCGGUCUUGCAGACCAGCUUCUCGCCCCACUCGUCGUCGGAGCUAGUCACCUCGACACCUCUACAGCGAUACCAUAGACUGGUAGAGUCCGGUGUGCUGCGCUAUGACGACCAUCAGGAGCGCAUCAUCGGCAAGCUGCAGAGGCUGCACGACGAAGUGGCCAAGUACAACCCCCCGAACGUUCCACCGGCAUCGCCCACGCAUUCUCGCUCGUCUCUCAUCUCGCGCCUCUUUGCUCGCCAGGAUACCCAAGAUCAUGGUGCGAUACCCCUAGAGCAAGUUCCCAAGGGCUUAUACCUCUUCGGAGACGUUGGAACGGGAAAGACGAUGCUCAUGGACCUUUUUUACGAGACACUUCCCUCGCACAUCAAGCGCAAGCGCCGCGUCCACUUUCACGCAUUCAUGAUUGAUGUCCACAAGCGUAUCCAUGCCAUGAAGGCGCAGCUUGGUACAGACGGAGGGGAUCCGAUUGCCCCUGUCGCGCGCGAUUUAGCGAACAGCGCAUACAUUCUAUGCUUCGACGAAUUCCAGGUCACUGAUAUUGCAGACGCCAUGAUUCUGCGACAGUUAUUUGAACGUCUGAUGAGCCACGGAGUCGUCUGUGUCAUUACUUCCAAUCGCCAUCCAGAUGAAUUAUACAAGAACGGCAUCCAGCGCUCAAGUUUCGCGAGUGCUAGUGUUCGUCUGACCCAUAUUCGUCAUGCACUUACAGCGUCGCGUUCAGAUUAUCGACGGAUACCCCGUACACUAUCUCACGUGUACUACGACCCCCUUACCCAGGAGAACAUCGCGGAAGUGGAGAAGGUAUUCCGCGCACUGACUUCCGACCCUUCCGACCCCGUGGUGCCCAAUCGCCAGCUGGAGACAUGGGGUCGUAUGAUUUCCGUGCCAGAGAGCAGCAGGACCGUUGCGAAGUUCCAAUUCGAUCAGCUGUGUGGGACACCAUUGAGCGCAGCCGACUAUCUAGAGAUCACGAAGCACUUCAGGACUAUCUUUAUUACCGAUGUACCGAAGAUGGGGAUGAAUCAGAAGGAUAUGGCGCGGAGAUUUAUCACGUUUAUUGAUGCGUGUUAUGAGAGUAAGACGAAAAUCUUCAUUACAUCAGAAGUUCCCAUUGGCCAAAUAUUCGAGGGGGAUGUUGGCAAGUCUAACGCCGGCGUUUCGGACCAGAUGAGGCAGAUGAUGGACGACCUAGGUCUUCCCAGCGACAUGGUGAUCUCUAGCUCGAUGUUCACUGGUGACGAAGAGCUAUUCGCGUUUGCGCGGUGUUGUUCUCGACUGGUCCAGAUGGGUAGUAAGGAGUGGGCGGAGAUGGCUGCAACGCCAUAG